CAAACUCAGAAGUUCAUGUCCUAUUGUCUUAUAGAAGACGAAGAAGCCCAAGAUGAAGACGACAUUACUGAUGAUGAYGCCAGUAACGAAGAUGACGAGGAAGAUGAGGUAAACCCAAUGGGAAAGCCCGAUGAAGAUCCAAAAAAGGCGCGUCCCCGUCGUCGUCGAGGAUGUUGCAAGUUCCCAUUCAAAAGUGUAUUUGGCUGUUACAGGGGUAGAUGUUACCGCUGCUGCUCGGCUUGUAAGCACAAAGUCGCUUUCUGCAGGAGAUCAAAAGGGUUUUGCCUAUUCCUACGCCGUUGCCGUAAAUUUGGUAAAAAACUCAAGUGCAUCUUCCUUCGCAGAUGCUACCCUGCCAAAUACAAAUGUUUUUCUGUGCUUGGUUGUCUGAACAGAAAGUGUCGCUUUGUUCGAAAAGGUUAAAUUCCUCCAGAGAAUACUGGCAGUAACGGCUGAUAACGGAAACAAAAUUCAAUGCACAAUCAUAUUGKCAAGAGAACUUUAGAUUUGAUUAUAAUAAUCGAGUUAGAACUCCAAAGAUUGUAACUUGUUUUCGAUAAUUAACUCGUAUUCGUUUUCUACUCUUACUCGUAUUUUUACGCGUACUUGUAUUUGUUACUCGCACUUUAACUCGUACUUGAWAUUGUAMCUCGUACUCGUAAUCACAUUUGAAGCUCUCUUUUAUGCAGUAAUCAUGUAUAUUCUUAUUCAUGAAUACCAAUCAAUUUGUAAAGGAAACUUCCCUCAUUUGAUACAACUCCUUAGCCCUGUAACUAAUGAAUGUUCGAGAAUAAAACUUGAAUGAAACUCAGUGUUAAAAA